GUCCAGGUGAGCCAGGUAAUAGGGCCCUUCCUUCACCGCAUCCAAGCAACAAGCCACCCUACAUAGUGCACACCAAGACACGCAACAUCACACACACACACAGGCAGACACAUCAGGUCUCAGCGUCGUCAUAGUGUGCGGCUCUGACCUUGGUGUGUCGAUCGAUGGUCGUGUCUAUGGUGCCUUCCCGUCCAACACGAUGGGGCCGAUGGAACCGAGAUAGGACGCACCUUGGCGGCCGUCAGUGGGAACCGAUGCCCAAAGGGCGCAUCGUGGGCCACACCUGCUGCUGGAGCCUCGCUGGUUCGGAUUUUGACGCGUACUGCAUGCGGACAAUACCACAAGUAGCUCCCAGUGGCCGUCUCAAGUGCCGUCACAUCCGAGCAUCCGUCGAGGGGCGUAUGUGGCGAUUGGGUGAUGAUGCGGUCCAGGUGGCCACCUCGGGCAGCCCUGGCACAUACAUGACCGCACGAUACACAGCAUGGCUCAUUUGUCGUGGUGGGCCGUCCAUCCACGUACCGGUCUACGACCACCGUUGGCGAGAGGAUGACACCGCCCACAGCCAGCCUCCGGUGAUGCAGGAGCAGCUGCUUCAGCAUGGAACUCGCCGAUGCGAAAACAUUUCCAUCAUUGACGCCAAGUGUCGCCCAGCCCACACCAUGAUGCCGCCCAAUGCGGCUGCCGAUGGGCGGGUCGUGUGGCUUGGCGUGCUUCUGGAAGGGGUGCUGCGAGAGGGGAUGGACGGGGCGGCCGGUGGGGAGGGGGAGGGGCGGGUUGAUGGUGAGGGCGAAGCCGGGCUCGUUGCGGAUGACCCUGAUCUCGUUGUUGUUGUUGCGGAACAGCUCGAGUGUGCCGUCUUGCUAGCCAUUGGGGCGCCGGAGGGCCACAUAGCGGCCGACGAGCAUCCACUGCGCAAACACACGAGGCAGCGCCAAGAAAUCCUGCACCCAAACACCCAUCCAGCAGCUCACCCAUUGCCUCUUCUGUGUGUCGUGCUUACCGCCUUGGUGGCGUGUGUCUGCAGGUCUGCAGCACCCACAGUGAGCGGCAGCUGACAAUAGCCGCCAUGCUCGGCGAGUCUGAGCGUCCCGCCCGCCUCCCGCCAGCCGCCCUCGCCCCCCUCCUCCAUCAUCCACAUGGCCUUCAUCACAUCGCUGUGGCCCAGCUGAUCGUCGAAGUGCACCACACCACUCACCCCCGCCCGCUCGAUGGCCUUCGGCAGCCGAAGGCUGCGGGCGAUGGGGCGCACAGCAUCUCUGAUGGGUCGGGCUGUCGACUUGAGGUGGGCGAUGGUGAUGAGGUCAGAUGCUGCGAUGACGGUGCCCAGGAGCUCGGCGGGGAUGUUGUAGAGAUGCAACAGUGGGGCCUGAUGACACACAUACAGACACACACGGAAGCGGUGCACAUGGCGUAGUCAGUCCGUUUGUGUGUGUGGGGUCACACACCUGUGCGUGGCCGCCGGUCGUGUUGUUCUGUGUGGCAGAGUCGGUAUUGUCCUCACCUGACAACCACACACACACACACACACAGAGAGAGAGAGAGAGAGAAAGCCGUGUGUCGCAGGUGUGUGCUCGAUCUUGCUUGACGUGUGUGUGUGCAGGCUCACCGUCAUGUGUUGUCUGCGCGAUGGUGGUCUCGAUGGUGUGUGCCAGCUGGGCCAGGUGGUCCGACGCAGCCGCAAGCUGACGGUUCACGUCGGUGACCAUCUGACGAAGAAGCGCCACAGCCAAGACACGACCCAAUGUGCCGGUUGGUGUGCGGCUGUCUGUCUGUCUGUCUGUCUGUCUGCUUUGCAGCAAACAGCACACCUGUGUUGUCAGCUCAGCGGUGUCCACCAGUGAGAAUCGUCCGAUGGCCUUGUUGACCUGCACACACCACACAGACAGACACCCAACAGGCAGUACAAGCAAACAAGCUAUGAGCAAUGAGUGUCUGAGUGAAGCAGUGGGUGUGUGAGUCGGCUACUUGCCUGAGUCUGGUUCAUCUUGAGGAUGCCUAUGAGUCCGGGAGUGAACUCAGGCUGCGGCAGCAGCUGCUCCCUCAGACGCAACGCAACCAUCUGCACCACAUCGACCGCAGGACGACACAGUACACAGACAGCACAACACAGCACACGUGAUGCAUGCCGUCAUUCACGUGGCCUGGCGGCUUCUCUCUCCCCAUGAUCACCCAAGUGGCGCUGAGGUCCAUUGUGAAUUAAGGUGGAUGAAUGGCACGGCUGUUUUGAUGCCUCACCAGACUCAACACGCCUCCAUCGCUGUGCUCCUUGUCAGAAG